AUGCCAGGAGCACCAGCCAACAAGAGAGGACGCGCGAAGAAGAAGGGCGUGGACGUGAUCGAACACCCUACAGAGGCUGAAGUCAAUCAAGAAGCUUGGCUGCGAGGUACAAAUCAGGGUAAGAAGCGUGAGCGCGAAGAGUCCGAAGGCGAGCCUGCCCCGGUGGCAAAAGCAGUCAAGCGCGGGCGUGGGACCAAGACCAACGCCAUACCGUCGGACAAGGCUGCCACCGACGAUCUUAGCGCUACGCCAGAUGCGACUCAAGGCGGCGAAGAUGAGGUUAGUGGGAUAGAGGGGGAUGUGGACAUGGACCGCACCGGGACCACCUCGAAGAAACCCGAGGCGGCGGCAAGUGUUAGCGGGUCCGAGCCGGACGAAGCCUACGAAGGUGAAGAAGCCCACUCAGACGCAGGACGUGAAGACGACGAGAACUUUGGGGUUGAACACGAGCCUAGUGUCUCCAAGCGCAAGGCGGAGAAGAUCGCACAGCAGCUCGAACAAGGCACCGCGAAACUAGUCUCCAGAACUCGCAUCAGUCUUAGCGACUUCAACCGCAACAGGCUCACCGACGACGAUUUCACAAGCGCGGCAAACGAGUCUGAAUACGAUGCUGAUUUUCUUGAAGUGGACAGCAGCAGCACGACGGGCUCGACAGGGGAUGGGGAGGCCGCAAAGGAGGCUGAGUCGGAAAGUGAUUGGAAAGCAACAAUCAUCCACCGCGCGGGCUGGCGCCGUCGAAAGGGCCAAGGGGCGGCCACUGUCAGUGAACAGAACUAUGACCAGGCACUUGCGCACGGAAGGGAUGACAAGGAGCCCCGCAGCAGCGGCGCCCUUGCUAAGAUGCAUGCCGGGCCUACUGCCAAACCGACAGAACAUGCCGGAAGUCCCAAGCAGCGCCCCGGCCAGCAGCCCAUCGACCGAGAAGGCAUACAACAUGACACUCCAGCGCGUGGACAUGCUUCCACUGCAGCUACACUUCCGACCGAAGAGCGCUUCGUCGUUGCUGCGGGCAAGCCACGCCGCCGCAAGGAGAAGGUCAAAGCAACCAAUGGGACUGAUCCAAGCCAGCCAAAUGCAGGAGACACGGCGAGCGUGGUCGUGAUGGCGACUAAGACUAGAACACAUCAACAGAUCUAUGGUCCGACAGUGCACAAACAUGCCAAGCGGCCAUCCCCGGAGUACUUCGUAUCAAGUGAUGAUGAAGAUGACGGCAUAGCGGCGCUGCUGAAGCCGAAAUCUCAGCCUAAGCCCUUGCGCGGGAAGAAUGCUACAUCAGUAGAACCGAUGUCUAUGUCAGACGGGGUGAAGCGGCCGACAAGCAGCGACGGUGCGCGGCAUAAGCUACCCGCAGCGGGUGGCAGCAUCUCGUCUGAUGCUGAGGACGACACCGCCAACUUGAAGCUCCCCACGAAGCAGCAGAAGUGGCCGACCGACACAUACCUCACGUACAGCGAGGACGGCAAGAGUGCGGCUGGUAUCAUGUCGCAGCGCUCUGCGAAAGUUAAGUCGCUCUUUUCCGAGUUGAUCGCGUACGAGUUACCGCGCGCGCUUCUUCGAGUGAAUGCGUUACCCGACAAAUACCAACGCCCUCAAAUGUUCUUGGACAUACUCGUUGAGGCCUCGGUACGACUCAAGUAUGAAGACAUCACCCAAAGGCUUCUGGACGACACGAAGUACAGCCGCGAUAUGAUGAAAAUACCUGUUGACAGGAUGUCUAGUGUGCGAGGUCCGCUGUACCAAGUCGCACGUGACAUAGCCUGGGAGGGGUAUGGUCUCAAGGAGAUUGAGCAUGACCCAUCCGCACUCAAGAAGGCUAGCCGUGUGCUCACGGUUGAUGAUCGCUUCAUCAGCCCCGGCAAGCUCUCGAAUGGCAAAUACACCGAGUUCAAGGCAGACUUACCCUUCUGCGCGCCCCCAAUCAUCAAGAUCAUCGCGGUCCUCUUUUUUGGUCCAAAUGCCGAGAUCCCUCUGGCAGACGAGUUUUUCACGUCGUCAAUCAAGCAGGGCAUCGAGUCGGAGCAGUUGGAGAUCCCCGAAGCGAUGGCGGCAUUUGUCGCCACCAUGGCUGGUGCUGCCAUACGAGAGGGAAUCGACGGAGCUCGCCGACCUCUGAAGAACGGCCAGGGCUUCAUUGCGACGGCGCAAGACUCACGUUAUGCGGGACAUCUCAAUACUCUCCAGAGGCUGACGACAAUGGGUCGCCACAAGAUCCUCGGUUAUAUGUACAAGACCGCAAAGGCAUACUAUGUCAAAGGGCCGGCGGAUCAACCUGCCACCAGCACGUUCGUGAAUCCGGCGACAGCGGGCAUGAACAUUCAACUGUAA